UAUAUAUAUAUAUACACACACACACACACACACACACACACAUACUGUGAUACGCAAUUGAGGGGAUGGGCAACUCCUCUCGAAAAGAAGGUGAGGAAGAAGGAGGGGAGGAGAAAGAAAAAGAAAAGGAGGAGGAUGGCGAGAAGGAGGAAAAAGCAAUAAAAGAAAAAGAGGAGGAAGAGGAGGCUUCAGAAGAAGAGCUGCCGUUAGGUGUUGAUGAACUUCUUGCGAGUGGAGAUCCAGUGCUGGACCUGAGCUACUACAAAUUCCGCCGCCUCCCCAAGCAAGUGCUGGGCCUGGCGCAUUUGGAGAAGCUAUACUUGUGUGGGAACCGCCUGCGUACGCUACCUGAUGGCAUCUCGCAGCUGCAGGGCCUGCGCAUCCUGGCACUGGACUUCAACAAAAUGGAUGACGUUCCCCUGGCCGUGUGCCAGCUGGCCAACCUCACCCGCCUGUACCUUGGCAGCAAUCGGCUGAUGAGCCUGCCUCCGGAUAUUAGGAACCUGCAGAGCCUGCGGUGUCUCUGGGUGGAGAGCAACUACUUCCAGCACUUCCCCAAGCAGCUGUACGACCUACCCCAACUACGCUCGCUGCAGAUCGGCGAUAACCGGCUGCGGACCCUGCCCUCUGACCUGUGGCGCAUGGAGGCGCUACGGGGGCUCUGGCUCUACGGCAACCGCUUUGAGGAGUUCCCCCGGGUCCUCCUGAAGAUGGAUCAGCUGGAGAUCCUGGACUUAGACCGCAACCGCAUCUCCGAAUUCCCCAGCCUCCUGCAACUUCCAGCGCUCCGACUCUUCUCCUAUGACCACAAUCCUGUGAAGGGGCCUCCGCGGGUCGGGGAGGAGGUCAUCAUUGUUGGGGAAGGGGCGGAAGAAGCCCUGCAGGUCAGGGAAAGAAGAAAGGAAGCAAAGGAAAGAGCGCAAAGGGAAGCAGAGGAGGCGGCAGCAGCGGCAGCAGCUGCACCGGUCAUCAUCGGAAUACUGAAGAAACUUAGGAUGAGUAGCAGCUCGCUGGCCGCGGCAAGUGACACAGCAGCCACAAAUGGGACGGUGCCAUCAGCACCCCCAGUUGAGGACGAGGUGGCAUUGCAGGGAAAAGAAGAAGAGGGGGAGUCUGAGAGGCCUAUUGUGGCAUUUGAUGAGGCGGAACUUGAAUAUGAGGAGGAGGGGCUGGAGUAUGAGAGGGAGGAGCUUAUCUGUGAGGGCGAGGGGUAUGAGGGUUACGGAGGGGCGCAAUUAGAGUAUGAGAGAGCUGAGAUGGACUAUGAGUAUGAAGGGGAGGAGCCUGAACAAGAUGGAACAUGAUCUUUCGCUUCCCUUUAACCACUUCAGUACUUCAUUUGGUUUGCACUAAUUUAAUUGCAAGGAAAUGCAGACAUUUUUCUUAAAAUCUUACCGUUCUAACAGUGAUUUAAAAUGAUGUUGGUGUUUUGUGAAAUACUUCCAUAGUGGGUAACAGAUAGAAAAUUACGUGCUAUAGGCUUCCACAGGAGGUAGAUCUUCAUCCUUUUUUGGGAUCAAAGUGGUCUUGUACAAGGGAAAAGAUCUCCUCGCCUCAUGGUGUAAAUUAUAAUUGAGUAUUUAAACAUGUUCACCCAGAAUGUUUAGCACAAAUUUGUUAUUCGUCUAGGAUUCUGGCUGCACUAGCUUUAAAGUUCCUUCACAUGAAAGGGAAGAAAAUUAUCACUUAUACACAUCACCCCCCACAAUGUUCAGUAUAGUACAGAACAGAUUACAUGCAUUCUGUUCUUUAUUAGGUAGAAGUAAUAGCCCAACAAAUGGAGAAUAGUGCAUCAGUGUUUUAGUGGUGUAUUAGAUUGUUAUAAACAAUGUAGUAUGAUAUAGUUUCUGAAAGCAAUUCUCCAUCUCAAUUCUAUAUCUCCUUCAGUGUGCUUCAUUUGGAUUUUCAUGCAAAGAUCUUUAGAACAUUAGUGGGGGCCCUUGGAAGUCUACAGUGGGGUCCAAAAGUCAAAGUCAGAAAAUGUGGGGAAUUUUUCCAUUUAAACCUGGGAAUAAUAAACAGAGGGUUUUUCGGAUAUUGAGAAAUAGAAAACAAAGAAAUAUUACAACAAGUAAAAUGAAGACAAGAUUUUCAAAAUUCUGCACUGUUUGUAGAAGGGUGACACUGAGGUCAGAAUUAUAUUAAAUCUUAUCUCUUCCAUUGAAGAGACGACUUUAAAAUGACUCAGUUGGAUUUGAUCUACUUAGCCUUUUUGGAGAAACUUGUAAAGCCCAUGACGGUUUGAGUGCACACUGUAAUUAAAGCCAACAGGUGGCACAAAAAAACUUUUGAAAGUCAUGUUACAAUUUCAAAGACUAUAUAUUUGCUAUUCAAAUAGUUAUGCUGUUAACUGUAAUGAAAAAAAAUAUUAAAUGAUAAAAGAGUACAAAAUACAAGCACUUUCACCAGCGGUCUCAAAAUUUUGGACCCCACUGUACUUUCUUACAAAUAAAGGUGAUCAAAAUGUUCUUUGUGCGAUGCCAUAGGAGAAACUCUUUUGGUUUCCUAAAGAACCUUUCAAUGGAUUGUUCUUUGGAGAACCAUUUUUGGAAAUGAAAUGAGUGAAGAGUGUGAAGAACAUUUUCAAAGUUUAA